AUGUCUCUAAGUCGUACGGCCUCGGCCGCACUGCCUUUCGUGAUAGGGAUUCUGGCAGGCGCUGCGCUGUUGACAAUUCAGCAGAUCAUGACGGGAGGGAACAUUUCGCUCCCCAACGUCUCUUCGUCUCUCUUUACUUUUAUGAAUUCAGCCAACCAAUCCGUCUCGCAACAUGUGGGCAAUCCGGAUUGGCUGGCAUCUUCUGCUUCGAUCGGCGCUGCUACUGACAAGAUUCGUUACAACACGGACGCAGAACCUGUAGAAAGCAAGCUGAACGUGCAUCUGGUAGCACAUUCGCAUGAUGACUUGGGAUGGACGAGCACCAUUGACAAGUACUACGUUACAUCAGUACAGUACAUUAUCGAGACUGUCAUUGACCAGCUUGAGACAAACCCCGACCGCAAGUUUAUUCAGGUGGAGCAGGCCUUCUUUUAUCGAUGGUGGCAGCAACAGAAAGAGGACAUGCGCAAGAGAGUGCGUGCUCUGGUUGCGUCAGGUCAACUCGAAUUCGUCAACGGAGGGUGGGUGAUGCACGACGAGGCCACCACGCACUACACCGACAUGGUCCACCAGAUGUCGCUGGGGCUGCGAUUCCUCCGCUCUGAGUUCAACGUCACGCCGCGCAUUGCUUGGCAGAUUGACCCCUUCGGCCACUCGGCAACCCAAGCCAGUCUCAUCACGGCUCAGGCUGGAUUUGAUGGGAUAUUUUUCUCCCGGGCAGACUACCAAGACGUGGCCAAUCGGCAACAAGAAAAGAAGGAAGAGUUUGUGUGGCGCGCAUCGAAAACAUUUGGGAAAUUGGCCCAGGUGUUUGGUGGGCACCUCUAUUGGAUGUACGAUCCUCCUCCCGGGCUUGAUUGUGAGGACAUCAAUUCCCCACCAUUCGUUCAGGAUGAUCCGCAAUUAGGAGAGUCGAACGUCCGGAAGCUUGUCGACCUGUUUGUUGAGCGAGCUUGGGAACAGGCGAAGGUGACACGGUCCAACCAUGUGAUGUUCACGAUGGGGAAGGACUUUGCCUACUCCAACGCCAUCAUGUGGUUCAAGAACAUGGACAAGCUCAUUCACUACGUCAACCUGGAUGGUCGGGUCAACGCCCUCUACUCCACGCCUUCAAUCUAUCUGGACGCCAAGCAGCAAGCUGACGAGAUCUGGCCGGUCAAGACUGGCGACUUCUUCCCCUACGCUGACGCACCGCACGCCUACUGGACCGGCUUCUACUCCUCCCGGCCGGCCUUCAAGCGCUACGUGCGCUCCUGCAGCGCGCUGCUUCUGGCAGCAAGCAUUCUGGAGGCAGCAGCGGGGCGGGAGGCCUUGCAAGCAUGGGGGGGCGACACCGACGGAAUGAACCUCGUGGGCUCUGGCGCUGGCCGAAUGAUGGUCACGAAUUUCCAUGCCUCAGAGGCGCCUAGUGCUGCAACUGGAGAGGGUGGUGGUGCUGAUGGUGGUUGGGAUGGUGGUGCUGGUGGGGAUAGUACUGCUGCGACUGGUGGUGUUUCUGGUGUUGGAGGCCGAGAGGCACGGGCGGCGUCGACAGCAUCGCUUGGGGAGGCAGUGGCGGUGGCACAGCACCACGAUGCCAUCACAGGCACGGCCCAGCAGCACGUGAAUGAUGACUACACACUCCGCUUGCACCGAGCAGCACAGGAGGCCUCCACUGUUCUCACCAGUGCCCUGGCAUACCUCAUUCUGCACCCCCCUCCUCCUCUUCCUCCCUCGCUUCCCACCGGCACCAACUCCUCUGGACCUGCCCCCACCCAUGCAGUGCCUGCUGCCACUCCGGCCAAUAGGCCUGCUGCAGCUGCCGCCGGUGCUGCUGCCAUCGCUGCCGCUGCCGCCGCCGCUGCUGCUGCUCCUAGUGCCGCUCCCCAGAAACCUGCCACUGCUGGUGCGGAUACUGCUGCUGGUGGUGACGAUCCCGCUGCUCAAGGUGCGGCUGCAAACACCAGCGCAACACCACAUCGUGCUCCUCUUGAAACACAGGGCUCAUUGCAGGAAGAAGGUAUUAACAGGGGGAGGCGAAUGCAGGAGAAGCCGAAGCUGUUGCUCAAAACGUGCCCUCUGCUGAACAUCUCCUUCUGCCCUCCAUCGCAGUCUGGCCUUCACUCCGGCAAGACCCUGGUGGUGGUUGCCUUCAAUCCCCUUGCCUGGGCCCGCACUGAAAUCGUCCGCAUUCCAGUCUCCGCUCCCUCGGUCAUCGUAACGGACUCAAAUCACAAGCCCAUCCCAUCACAGCUCAUCCCAGAGCUCCUCCCUCGCCCAGUCAUCCGCGCGUUCUACGCAGCAGCACAUGCAGGCGCCAGUGUGCCUCCAGUGGAGCAGCAGCAGGGGGUGGUGUCAGUUGUGUUCCGCGCCGAGGUGCCCCCGUUGGGAUAUUCCACCUUCUUCCUCGUUGCAGCCCAGCCAGGAGCUGCGGGGGCAGCAGUGAGCAGCAGUGACUGGAUUUUGGGACCAAAGAAGCUGAGGGGACGGAAUACAAGGAGCAAGAAGGGGAAGAAGAAGAAAAAGAAGGCCAAGAAGGACGACUAUGAGGAGGCAGGGGAGGGAGGGGAGGGAGCAGAGGGAGGGGAGGAAGGGGAGGCAGGGGAGGAAGGUUAUGAGGAGGGGGGACAGGAGGAGGGGGGUGAGGCAGAAGGGGGGGAGGAGGGCUAUGCUGAAGGGGAGAAAGGAGGGGAGGGAGGGGAGGGAGAGGAGGAGGAGGAGGUGGGCGAUGGUGUGGGUCAGGAGGAUGAGAUAGUUCUAGGGGGGGUGGUGGCUGGUCGGCCGGCAGCACGUGUCUAUUUCUCCAAAGCUGCUCGUGGAAUGACGCGAGCUGAGCUAAUCAAGCCGAAUGGGAAGGCCUUUGCUACGCUAGCAGCAGCCAACAUCAGCAGCGACAUGCUCUUCUACUCCUCUGCAGAGUCAGGGGCGUACAUCUUCAAGCCCACAGCGGACGGUGCGCUGCCAUUCCGCAGGAAGCAGAGGGUGCCGAUCCGCGUGCUGCGGGGGCCCAUCGUGGAGGAGUUUCACCGGCAGGUGGCUCGUGACGUCUCUGAAGUGUAUCGAGUUUACCCGGGGGAGAAUUAUGCUGAGCUUGGCUACUCCAUAGGGCCUCUAGUUGAGGAUGGGUCUCUGGGGAAAGAGGUCGUUGCCUCCUUCUCCUCCUCCAUUCAGAGCGGCGAUGUCUUUUAUACCGACUCCAACGGCCGCGACUACCUCGAACGAGUUCGCGACUCUCGCCCAGACUGGACCCUCUCAGUGAAGGAGCCCAUAGCAGGGAACUUCUACCCCGUGACGGUGGGUGCGUUCAUCGGGGAUGGCGAGUCACAGCUGUCGCUGCUGGUGGACCGAGCAGCCGGUGCUGCCAGCCUGGCAUCCGGACAGCUCAAAGUCAUGCUGCACCGUAUUGCCAGAUACACGGGCACGGCCAGGCACACCCCCACAGCAGGCAUCAGACCCAGCGGCGGGCUGUCCACGUCAGCGAUCGAGCAGAUGUCGCGGGAGGUGAAGCUGAUGGGGUGGCUGUACAAGCAGUCCAAGUCGCGGCCGUUCGGCCACCACUGGGCGCGGCGCUACUUCGUUCUGCGCGCUCAGCGCAUCAGCUACUUCCGCAGCCUGCCCUGGCAGCACGAGAUUCCGGUGAAGGAGUUUGAUCUCACGCCCAGAUGUCGUGUGGAGGACACAGGCCGGAUUUCCACCAACACCAAGGAGCUCUACACCUUCUGUAUACACCCAGAGCUUCCCAAGCCGUGUCUGGUGGGAACCAAGGACCCUGAGCAAGUGGCGGUGUGGAUGCAAGCCAUCCGGGAGACAAUUGAGCAUAACGUGGCGCCCACUAUCAGAAUGCCGCUCACUCGCCCCACCAGCACCAACAGCCUAUCGGACGAGGAGGAGGGGGAAACGCCCCCUCACCCCAACAUGUCCUCCUGUCGUGACUCCAUGGACAGCAGUGAGCCGUUUGACGGGGAUGAGAUGGGAGCAGACGACCUGCCAACACCGCAGCGACUGCUGCUCGACAGACGAGGCUCCAUUGGCUUCGGCCCCCCCAUGGAGCUGGGCGGCAUGCUUGAAGCCAUGGUGGCGAUGCGCAGUGCAUCAACGGCGUCAGGCAUUGCAUCCGACGGCUCCUGGCGCCUCAUCAAGCUAUCCAACGGGCUGCGUUUCUUUGAGGAGCUGAACGAGGAGCGGGGGCAGGCGGGCAUGUGUGGCAGCCUGCCGUGUCUGAGUGCCGUGGGAACGGUGGAUGCCCCCAGCGAUGCCGUCUUCCGACUCGUGCUCGACCUCUCCUCCUCUCGCAACGAGUGGGACGUGGCGUAUGGAGGAGCAUGCAUGGUGGAAGCUCAAGACGGCCACACAGACUUCAUCCACUACCGCUUCUGCCCACUACCAGUCAUCCCUAGACCUAGCCUUCCCAUCCACUCCUUCUGUCCCUCCCCCUUCCUGUGCUUCUCUGUUGUCAGGUGGGACGUGACAUACGGGGGUGCACGAAUGGUAGAAGCUCAAGACGGUCACACGGACUGCAUCCACUACCGCUUCCGACCGCUCCCAGUCGGCUUCGGCCCCUUCACCCUCACAGCGCGCGACGUGUGCCUGCGGCGCUACUGGCAGCGCACAGGCGACGGGUGCUACGUGGUCCUUUACCAAUCCAUGGAGCACCCCCUAUGCCCCCCUGUCAUGGGCUGUGUGCGUGCCAAUCUCACCUACGGAGGGUUUAUCAUCGCCCCAGCGGGCCCAUCCGCGAUCGGACGGUCGGUAGUGAUGCAUGUGUUGCAGAUGGAUGCAAAGGGGUUGCUGCCGAUGUGCAGCGGUGUUGCGACCGAAGUGCAUUUCUACCUGCUGUCGAGGGUUGCUGGGAUCCGGGAGUUUUUCGCGCAGACGAGGGGGGAUUCGCUGGCUGCUCUGCUAGGGUUGAGAGACACGCAGCAGGCUACAGCUGCUGCUACAGCCGCGGCUGUAGCGGCUGCGGAAGGGAGGGAGCUUGGCGGGGAUCGGAGGAAGGGGAGCAGGCGGGAGCGGGAGGACUGGCGGAUCGGGCCGAUACCAGAAGGGGGAGGGGAGGGGUUUGAGGAGCCGGAGGGGGAGGGAUGGGAGAGGAGGAGAGGCAGCAGCGGGGACGUGAUGGGUGGUGAGUUCAGCGGUAGCGACGCCGGGAGCACUGUUUCAGAGCCCUUACCUGGCACUAGCAGCUUCUUUGGUUCAAGAGGAGCAGGAACAGCAGCAGGAGACGCAGCAGCGGCUGCUAAGGCUCUUCUGAGUGAAACCCUCCCUGUCGCCUCUCCUCGGUUCUGGCAGCUAGGUUCCCGACCCUCCACCGGGUCGAGACUAGCAGGUUCGGCAAGGGCGGCAGGUUCGGUAGACCCUUGGGCAUGGGCGUACAAGACGGGGAACCUGGCCCGGGGGUCGCCGAUGGGGGGGAUCAACUGCUGGAGCGAGGCAGAGGUUCGGAACUUUACAGUGCGGUCGAAAAGCUAUUUGAGGGAUAAGAUGAAGCAGAGCGCGGGGCAGCCGGGGAUGUCUUUGGUGGCUGUGGAUUGGCUGAAGCGCGUUGAGAGGAUCGAUCAUGUGGUGGAGCUGAAACGGACUCCUGUGCAUGUGAGUGUGCUCUCGCUUUUUGUGCAUUUUGCACCUAUGGUGGUUCAAGGGUGGGAAUGGGCCAGCGCUGGUGGCUAUUCACCCCACGCGCCCCUGCCUCCUCUCGUGUGCCCAAUGCACCUCCAUAGCACUCCUUGCCCGUUGCCCCUCACGCCCAUCCCCCCUCACCCCUUCCUUCAGGGCAUGCGGGAGAUGAUGGCAAGCAGUGACGCCUCAUGCGCCCCUGCCUCCCCUCAUGGCAUGCGGGAGAUGAUGGCCAGCAGUGAUGCCGCAUCGCGGCCGUACUUCUUUAUUGUGAAUAUGCAGGUGCCAGCAGCGCAGCAGUACAGCAUGGUGUUCUACUGGGCCAUGGAUGAACCGCCAACAGAGGCGUCAAUACUGGGGCAGUUCAUCAAUGGGGAUGACAUCUUCCGCAACACACGCUUCAAGCUCAUUCCCCGCAUCCACCAAGGUGCAUGGGUGGUGAAGCGGAGUGUGGGGACGACGCCGCUCAUCAUUGCUGGUGCUCUCACCGUGCAGUACUUCAAAAGACCCGACUACUUUGAGGUACAGUGA